AUGGUCGGCGGCCUCACCGGCGAACGGCGCCUCCAUAGGGACCGGGCGCGGGACGCGGCGGGAACGCGGCUGCCCGGCCCGGCCGCCAACCCGCGACGCGGGCGCCGGCGAGGGGCUGAGGGGCGCGGGGCGCGGCGGAACCAGGCGCGGAGGUGCCUCAGGAAACGCUGUUCGCGGCCGCGCUGGGGAUCAGUCCACCAUGUCUGCAGGAAAGGGUUGGGGGGGAGCUCUCCUCGGGAGAAAAAACCUCAACAAGCGGAGAGGACACAAAGGCUCCCCACGCGGUGCCCUGAGCCCCUCCGGCACCCCAAGGGCGGUCCGGGGUGGUGGGAAAACGCCAAGCCCCGGGAGCGUGUCCGUGGGUCCGGGACGGCGGGGCCUCCGCAGGGCGCCUGGCCCGUGGUGACCUCGGCGGAGACCGCGGGCCGCGCGGCGGAAAGCGGAGGAACUCCCGUCCGGCCCCGGAGUCGCCCGCGCCGCGCCCGGAGCCACCCGCCGCCCCUUCGCGUCCGGGCGCUCCAGGCGCGGGGCCCCGGAGACUCCCGGUCCCUGGCCUCCCCCACUGGGUUCGGGGCAGUUGGCCGUGGACGCGCCCCGAGUCCAGUCCCUUCCGUCCAGCCGCCCGCCCCAGGAUGUCCCCCCACCGCAGCCCCGCCGUGGCCAGGAGGUGUGGGCGGCCACGCCGGAGGGACCCACGGCGGCGGCGGACGUCAGCCCUUCGUAGGCCCUGACCUGGCCCGGGUGGGCCGGGACGUUCCCUGUUGCACAGGCAUUUAUUUAUUCAGCAGCUACUACGUGCUGGCCGGCACUGCCAAGAGACCGGACGCCUGCCCCAGGCGCGACAAUGCCGGGAGCAGCGCUAGCGGGGCCUGGACGCCCAGCUUCAGGGUCCCCAGCCCCUCAGUCUGCGGGGCGCCUCCCAGGCCCCGGACUCCUGUCCAGCCGGGUCUACACCACCGUUCCCCGUCAUCUUCUUCUGGGUAACCGAGCAGCUUCUUUUAAAAUAGCAACACCGAGGAAGGCCCCGAAGCCCAGUCUUGCACCUCGUGGUGUGAAGUCGUUUAAUCCUGCCCGCUAAUGCGAAAGGACUUUCCACCGUGUGCAGGACUCGGCGCUGGGCAGGGGCUCUCGCAGGGUUUGAACCGACCUCCGCCUCCCCUGCGGGUUCACAGGCCGGCGAGGGAGUCGCGGGAAGGAGAUGCGCUACUGUGCGAGGCUGGCCUGAGCGACUUGGGCAGUAGCUGUCCAGGGCUGGGGACGGCUUUCUGCUCCCCAGGCCGUUCCGUCGGGGUAUCUGCGGCCAGUCUCGAAGGUGAAGAGGCUCAGGGUUGAAACAGACUUCACAGGAGGGGUCCUAGAAGGGGAAAGGGGUGGUAUUUGCCCUUAGAGCAGUCUGGGCGUGAAGCGGAACCUUUAAACCACCAGAAACUCUGGAGAGCUUGGAG